AUGUCCGUUUCAACACAUCCUCCAGACUGGCUUCGACGAUAUGGCAAUCUUCAAGGAUAUUCAUGGCGUCCGACCACCAUCAACGGAAGAAGCGCAUUUUGUCGACCUCUGGGGCUAGUGGAGUUUUCCUUCGACACCGACGGGAGACAUUACGAGGGCCGCGCCGACAUGAACGUCUGCAUCAAGACCGAGCUUGCAACAACCCUCUCCAAAGCCGAUCUUCGAGAACGAAUCCUCCUCGCUUGGACGCGACUACGAAAUCAACAUCUCCUGCUUCGAGCCAAGACGAUUCGUGAUGAAAGUGAUUCGCUAGCACCCCAAGGCCUGCACUUCGCCGUCACCGUCCCGGAGAGCUGGCAACAGGCUCGGAUUGAGGAUGAGAAGCAGAUUGUCUGGUUGGAAGAUCACUACGAAAACAUUGAGUGGAAGGACUUUUACCAUCAUUGUCAAAACAUCUGGGAUGGGUUGAGUUCGUACGUCUGGAUGCGAGACUUUGUCCACUGCCUCAACGAGACUUCCUCGAACCUGCAAGACGAGAUCACAACAUACAUCCAACCAGAGUCGAUCCGUCAACGCCUUCCACUCCCCCAAGAGGCGCUCUACCCUCCCAUCCCAGGCAACGUCGCUCGCCAACGCUGGUUCUGGGCCAUCACUCGAAUCCUGCGACAUGUAAGGACACCUCUACCUGCAGGCUUCGAGAACCCUCUCCGUCAAGAAGGUGGUGUGAGAAAGCAAGCCAUCCGUUUCGAGCAAAAGUACGCCGCAGUGCUGGACUACAGUGCCGUGCCACCGCUCAAUACAACGACGCUGCACGUCGCCAUCCCAUCGUCAAGGUACUCACGAAGGCAGUCCUCCUUCAUUCCAGCUCGUCAGCUAACUUCCGUCUUUCACACCCAGCGCAAAGCAUCUCUCCGCCCUCUGCAGAUCCACUUCCACAACCCUCGGCGCUGGAAUCUUCGCCCUCGCCGCCCUAACCAUGAUGGAGGCCCACGAAAACUCCUCCUCCUCUUCUUUCUCCCCUCAGGACAGACCCUUCACAACCGGCUUUCCCCUCAACCCGCGCGCUUUUUUCAACCACCACACCGACCCAAAUAG